AUGAAAUUCGAUGAUUAUUUGUUAGCUUUCUACCUAGAUGAUCUGUUCAAUGCUGAAACCGGAAGCUUCAUUUCUAAUGAUGAAUGUCCUUCAGAAUAUUAUCAUUGCAGACUGAAGUGCAAUGCUGAUGAACAUGCAAUUAGACACUGUGCUGAUUUCAGCAUCUGCUGCAAACUGAAGAUCAUUGAAAUUGAUGGACAAAAGAAGUGGUGAAAAUGCUAACUCCAUCUUCUUCAGACUCCAGGAGCAAAAACAUGUCUUAAACUCUCUUAUCUAUGAAUAAUUAACAUGAUGGAUGAAAAUUAUUAUAAUUGCAUGUUUAGAUGGUCAGGUGAAAAUGAAU